AUGAUCCCCUAUAUACUCGCCACCCCGGGCUCUGCGCUCUGCGCCUCUAUGCCCUUUACCCUGUACGCCUACGCUCUCUACACCUACGCCUACACUCACGCCUGCGUCCACGCCUACACUCACCCCUGCGUCCACGCCUACACACAUGCCUAUGCCCCGUACGCCUACGCUCACGCCUAUACCUUCGCCCUCUGCUCCUACGCCUACGCCUGCUCUUUAUACUCUCUAUACCACGGGCCUCUAUACCUAUACGCAUACGCUCUCUUUAUCUAUACAUAUACGAUCUCUUUAUCUAUACAUAUACGAUCUCCGUACCUAUACGCCUAUGCCUACGCCUGUGCCCUCGCCACCCGUACGUCUAUACUCUCUACACCCACGCCUGUGCCCACGCCUAUGCCCACGGCAUACAUACGCCUAUACCCUAUUACCCUCACUACUAUUACCCUCACCACCCGUACGCUAUCACCCUGA